AUGACAGGAAUUAUUAGAAAUAAAGUUUUUUUUCAAAUUAAACAAGGUAAUACACCAUUAGGUAGAGUUGUAUUUGAAUUAUAUAACGAUAUCGUACCAAAGACAGCAGAGAAUUUUAGAGCAUUAUGUACUGGUGAAAAAGGUAUUGGUAAAUCAGGUAAACCAUUACAUUACAAAGGUUCAUCAUUUCACAGAGUCAUUAAAAACUUUAUGGUUCAAGGUGGUGAUUUCACUCAUGGUACUGGUAUUGGUGGUGAAUCAAUUUAUGGUCGUACUUUUAAUGAUGAAAAUUUCCUCGUUAAACAUAAAAUCGGUUGUUUAUCAAUGGCAAAUGCUGGUAAAAAUACAAAUGGUUCUCAAUUCUUUAUUACCACUGCUGAAACUCCACAUUUAAAUGGUGGUCAUACUGUAUUUGGUGAAGUAGUUGAAGGCUUUGAUAUAGUCAAAAAAGUUGAAAAUGCUGAAACUGAUAGAAGUGAUCGUCCAAAAGCUGCAUGUGUCAUUGAAGAUUGUGGUCAACUUUAA